UCUGUUCCGAGCGCGGGAAACGGCGGUUCCGAGGACGAGGUUACAGAGUAAAUGCGCCGUUUCAUCUGUCAUGGAAAAACGUGAAAUAUUUGUUCAAGCUGUGUCUAAGGAGCUGAUUGGAGAAUUUUUGCAGUUCAUUCAACUUGAUGAAGAUGCUUCUGACCCUUUCAGCCUAAAUGAAUUACUGGAUGAAUUAUCAAGGAAACAGAAAGAAGAGCUCUGGCUGAGGCUCAAGAAGCUGUUAACAGAUGUGCUGCUAGAAAGCCCCGUGGAGGGGUGGGCGGCCCUGGAAGCCCAGGGGGAAGGCAAUAUGGAAACAGACCACCGUUCAAAAAUGAAAAAAACUCUAGAAAUAACCCAGGCAAUUACAUCUGUGAUUCUUGCUUCUGUGUCUGUAAUAAAUGAGAGUGAGAACUAUGAGGCCUUACUGGAGUGUGCUGUUAUAUUGAAUGGUGUUCUGUAUGCGCUGCCUGAGUCGGAACGGAAGCUGCAGAGCUCCAUCCAGGGCCUGUGUGUGACAUGGUGGGAGAAGGGCCUGCCUGCCAAGGAGGACAUGGGGAAGACCGCUUUCACCUUGCUGCUCAGGAGGAGCCUCCAGACGAAGACUGGUGCAGACAUAAGUCGGCUUUGGCAUGUGCAUCAAGCUUUGUAUUGCUUUGAUUAUGAUUUGGAGGAAAGUAGAGAAAUUAAAAAUAUGCUACUUGAGUGCUUCAUAAGUGUUAAUUAUAUCAAAAAAGAAGAGGGAAGAAGAUUUCUUAGUUCUCUCUUCAGUUGGAAUACAAAUUUUAUUAAAAUGAUCCAUGGAACCAUUAAAAACCAGUUACAGGGAUUACAGAAGUCCUUGAUGGUACACAUUGCAGAAGUUUAUUUCAGAGCUUGGAGAAAGGCUUCCGGGAAAAUAUUGGAGACCAUCGAAAGUGACUGCAUCCAGGACUUCAUGUACCACGGGAUUCACCUCCCGCGGAGGUCUCCGGUGCACUCCAGAGUGCGCGAGGUGCUGAGUUACUUUCACCAUCAGAAGAGAGUUCGGCAAGGCGUGGAGGAGAUGCUCUACCGACUGUACAAGCCCAUCCUCUGGAGAGGCCUGAAGGCCAGGAACUCGGAAGUUCGCUCCAAUGCUGCACUGCUGUUCGUUGAAGCAUUUCCUAUUAGGGAUCCAAACUUCAAUGCUAUUGAGAUGGACAGUGAAAUUCAGAAGCAGUUUGAAGAGCUCUAUAGCCUUUUAGAAGAUCCAUAUCCAAUGGUCCGUUCCGCAGGGAUCCUUGGUGUUUGUAAGAUAACUUCCAGAUACUGGGAGAUGAUGCCUCCGACAAUUCUCAUUGACCUCCUCAAGAAAGUGACCGGGGACCUGGCGUUCGAUGCAAGCUCAGCCGAUGUGCGUUGCUCUGUCUUUAAGUGUCUACCGAUAAUUUUGGAUAACAAAUUAAGCCACCCGUUAUUAGAGCAGCUUUUGCCAGCACUAAAGUACAGUCUCCAUGACAAUUCAGAGAAAGUGAGAGUGGCUUUUGUGGAAAUGCUGUUGAAAGUUAAAGCCGUAAGGGCUGCCAAGUUUUGGAAGAUAUGCCCCAUGGAGCAUAUUUUGGUUCGUCUGGAAUCAGAUUCCAGGCCUGUGUGUCGGCGCCUGGUGAGCCUCAUCUUUAACUCUUUCCUGCCCGUGAACCUCCCGGAGGAGGUGUGGUGUGAGCGCUGCGUCACGCUGCUGCAGAUGAACCACGCUGCUGCCAGGAGGUUCUACCAGUACGCCCACGAGCACACCGCCUGCACCAACAUAGCAAAGCUGAUUCACGUGAUUCGCCAUUGCUUAAACGCCUGCAUCCGGAAGGCAAUGCGCGAGUACCAGGAGGAGGACGAGGAGCGGGAGAAGGAGAACGUGAGUGUUCUGGAUAAAACCCUGUCCGUCAGCGAUGCUGCAUCCAUGGCAGGUUUGCUAGAAAUCAUCGUGAUUCUCUGGAAAAGCAUUCACAGAAGUAUGGAGAAGAACAAAGAGGCCAGACUCUACACCAUCGACAAGUUUGCCUCUGUGCUCCCCGAGUACCUGAAGGUGUUGCAGGAUGACCGCUGCAAGACCCCUCUCUUCAUGCUGAUGUCCUUCCUGCCGCCUUCCUCCGUGUCGGCCUUCAGCUGCAGCGUGAUUUCCACACUGAGAAACCGGGAGCAGGGCGCUGCGGACAGGAGCUACUGCACGCUGCUGGACUGUCUCUGCGCCUGGGGACGCGUCGGGCACGUUCUGGAACUCGUCUGCGACUGGCUGCCAGAGGAGUCCCCCCAGGGAAAGGCUAACUCGGCAUCUAAGCGGAAGGUUCAAAUCCAUGACCCACGCCCCUUGAAGCCUGAGUUGGCGUUGGUUUACAUAGAGUACUUGCUGACCCACCCGAAGAACCGAGAGUGCCUGCUCUCUGCGCCCCGGAAGAAACUAAGCCACCUUUUGAAAGCACUUGAAAUGUCCAAGGUGGAUCUGGAAUCAAUUCUGCAGCCGCCUGGUGGGAAAGCUGAGUACUUCAGUGAAACGGCUGCCCUUCGAGCCUUCAGCCUGCACUGUCGGCUGAGCAUCCACCUUCAGCACAAGUUCUGCACAGAAGGAAAAGUUUACCUGUCCACUUUGGAAGACACUGGGUUUUGGUUAGAAAGCAAGGUUUUAUCUUUUAUUCACGAUCAAGAGGAAGACUAUCUGAAACGCCAUCGGCUUAUUUAUCAGCAGAUUAUCCAGACCUACCUGACUGUGGGCAAAGAUGUGGUGAUGGUCGGCCUUGGCGAUGGCAAGUUUCAGAUACAGCUUUUACAUUGGAGUCUCAGGAUCAUGCACACAGUGAAGGGAUUCUUCUAUGUUUCAUUACUUCUUGGCAUUCUAAAAGAGGUAACUGAGAGUUCCUUAAAGCAGAAAGCAGAUUCAGACGAAGAAGUUGCAACGCUGUUUGACAUGGUCCAGAAAGUCUUUCAGAAAAUGUUGGAGUGUAUGGCUUGGAGCUUUAAGAAGAAACCGGAAGAAGGCCUGCGGCUCCUGCACUCUGUUCAGACGCCUCUGCAUGAGUUUAUAACCACAGUGCAGUCCUGGCACGUGGGCACGCCCGUUCACCGCGGCGUGCUUUCCACGCUGAUGGCAGCCUCUGUCGUCGAGAUAAGUCACCAGCUGCGAAAGGUUUCUGAUGUAGAAGAGCUUUCUCCCCCAGAGUAUCUUUCAGACCUGCCCCCAUUUUCAAGGUGUUUAAUAGGAAUAAUCAUAAAAUCUCCAAAUGUGGUCAGGUCAUUUUUAGAUGAGUUAAAGGUGUGUGUUACUUCUGACGAUAUUGAAGGAAUUGUGUGUCUCACGGCUGUUAUGCAUAUUAUUUUGGUUAUCAAUAAAGGUAAGCAUAAAAGCUCCAAAGUGAAGGAUGUUGCAGCUGCCGUUCACAGGAAACUGCAGACAUUCAUGGAGAUCACUUUGGAAGAGGACAGCAGGGAAAGAUUUCUCUACGAAUCAUCAUCAAGAACUUUGGGAGCAUUUUUGAAUUCAUAACUGAGCCAUCAUCUUUGGUUAUAUAAAAAUAGAGAAAAGGGACUUAU